AUGAUGAAAGCCAAGCCUUUUAUUUUCUUAUGCUUAAGUGCACUGCUUAUCAUCUCUAGUUUGGCAAUUGAGCCUUCUGAAUACGAUCCACUAUUUCCUAACCAUGAAGAAGAGGGAAGCAGUGGACAUGAUUGUACUUGUGGAAAAGCAGGUGGCGGUGGAAAAGGGGGUGGUAAAGGAAAAGGAGGUGGUAAGGGAAGAGGUGGUGGUGGAGGUGGAAAAGGAGGAUGUGGUGAACAUGCCGUUAUUGAAGGCGGUGGUGAAAGCGUCGUACCGAUUCCCGACAGUAGAAAGUCGAGUCAUGGUUGGGGAAGUAAAUCAGACAUGCAGUAA